UCCCCUUGAAAGGGGGCCGGGCGUCGCGACGCAUGCGCAGAAGGGAGCGGCCGAGCCGGCUCUGAGGGGUGACGAGGCGGCGGCGAAGAAGGCGAAGAAGAAAAGCGGCGGCGCCAUGAGGGCCGGGCGGGGGCUCCCACGUGCGCAGAGGAGCCAGGACCCCAUGUGCUAACAGCCGCCUGCCAUGCUGGCCUGUCUGCCAGGACCAGGCGACCUCUCCUUCCAGCUGCUUCCUUACCCGCAGAUGAACACUGGGCUUCAGAAAUGGGACACUCCACAGAAAAUGAGAGCCGCACAGCACCCUACUCCAGCAGAGUUGGACGCGUAUGCUAAGAAGGUAGCCAACCACCCUCUGACCAUCAAAAUUUUCCCCAACAGCAUCAAGGUCCCUCAGCGGAAACACGUGCGCCGUACUGUGAACGGCCUGGACACUUCUGGGCAGAGGUACAGCCCUUACCCACCGUCGCAGGCUUCCGUGAGAACAGGCCUCCUGGCCAUCGUCCGGUCCCCGGCCAAAGGGGUCAUCAAGGACUUUGACGGGAAGCGGACCCGCCUGCUGCCGGAAGCCAUGAUGAACCCCCCCUCGGUCCCCUACGCGGCACCUAGCACUUUAACUCACCCCCAGGCGCUGGCCCGCCAGCAGGCCCUGCAGCAGCUCCACUCUCAGGGGGUGCCUCCCGGCCUGCAGCCCCAGCCGCCGCAGAACGUGGCCCACCCCGGCCUGCAGCAGCUGCAGCAGCCCCCACAGCAUCCCGCCAACCACUUGCAGCCACAGCAGCCUCCGCCGCUGGCGGGCAUGCACCUGGGCAGGAAGAUGGCCGACGCCGACGCCCCUCCGAAUGUGACCGUCUCUACCUCAACCAUCCCGCUCUCCAUGGCUGCCACACUGCAGCAGAGCCAGCCCCCGGACCUGAGCAGCAUCGUGCACCAGAUCAGCCAGUUCUGCCAGGCGCGCACGGGCACCAGCGCUACCUCAGUCUGCGAGGGACAGAUCGCCAACCCCAGCCCCAUCAGCCGCAACCUCCUGAUCAGCGCCAGCACCAGGGUGUCCGCUCACAACGUCCCCACACCUCUGCCUUCCUGCGGCAUGGUGAACCCUGGCGACCACGCCACGCCGGUCCCGCCCUCUGCGGCCGCCCUGGGGAUGGCAAUGGGCAGUGUGGCCCGUGGUCCUCCCGCCUACCAAAGCGAAAUGAAGCAGGUGGCAGCCUGGAACCAACACCAGCUGGCUCAUCUGCAGCAGAUGUGCGGCGAGGCCAUCGGGCCCUCAGCCCCCAUGGGGAAGCCCCCCAGCCGAGAGCUGCCCGGGCAGGGCUUGCCCAGCAAAGGGUCAGGCUACACCCUGGAGCUGUGCAUGGGCCAGCCGUAUGGAGCGAAGGCUGCCCUGGAGAAGCCCACCCCCUCGCCCCCUAUCAACGGCCUGCCUGGCCCUGUGCCCUUCACCAACGGCCACUACUUCCAGCCUCCCUUGUGGAAUAACAUUCUGCCCACGCCCAACAGUGACAGCUCAGGCUCCCAGGACCUGGCCUUGCCCUUCCAUGGGGGCGGAGGAGGAGGAGGAGCAGGCGGACUGCAGACGAUGGGGGCGGCUGCCCUGGAGUGCACGGCCGCCCCCCACUGCCGAGCCGGGGCAGGGCCCCCCGGCCCGGGUGGCGUGAUGCCGACCAUGGAGUACCAGGACUUCCACCGGUCCUGCCUGCGCGAGCCGGGCGGUGCCCCGCUGAGCAAAGCCGCCCGCACUUCCGUGAACCGAGGGCGCGAGCCCACCGAGAGCUGCGGUCUUCACCUCCAGCACCCCGGGUAUAGAUGAGGCGGGCGGCGGUGUCAGCACGGUGACUUUCGCUCGGAGCUGGCGAGGAUCGUAGGGGGGUAGUUUGGGUUGGCAUUACGGAGCCGGCCGAGUGCGUGGCUCUUUUCUCUUUUUUGAACUGGCAAACUGCUGUGAUCAUUCUCGCAAACGGCUGAAACUAUAGAGAUGAGCUCCCUCCCUCCUGGGUGAACCCUCCCUCCCCCUCCAGACCUUCCCCACUGCCAGCCUGUAGCCAAUGCAGAAUAUCCCUUCAUGGGUGCCCCCUCCCUCCCCACCCCCUAUAGCAGCCCCCACUCCCCACACCCGGCAGGAAAGCCUAUGGGGAGCUACGAGCACCUUCUCUUGCCAGGACGGUGGGUGAGGAGCUUGGCUGAAGAAAUGCCCUGGGAGUCCCUUCGCCCCCUCCCAAGCACAGAGGACCCCCAAGAGAGAUAGGUAGCAAGACACUCCCCCCUUCCCAUUGAGAGACCCCCUUCUCUCCCCAGCUCAUUUGGGGUGUAAUGGAGGCGUGUCAGUUUUGGCCUUUUUGGGAAUCUCAUCCUAUUGUGAUUUUUCUUCUGGGAGGCUGGAUCAAUAUUGCAAACCCCACACUCAGUAGCCCUGAUGAUGUUCCCUAGUUGGGUCGUCAGACGUCUGCAGGAAACGAACCCAGCUCAGGGAGCACCAAGGACCCCACAGUUCAGUCCCGAGCAACAGAUACAAUAGUCCUUGGCUUACGACUGCAAUUGGGGGCCAGACUUUCUGUGUCGUUAAGUGACUCCCCCGCCCCGGUUUUACGGCCCCUUUUGCCACAGCUGAGUGAGUCCGGCUUGCCCCGUUCUGACUUGGCUCCUCAGAAGGUCGCAAAAGGGCCCAGGACACGGCAGCCGUCAUAAUUGGCUGAAGGCACCGGUUUGAAUCCCAUGCAACGGUCAUAAGUGUGAGGACUUUUCCUGUCGCUUUUUCCCCCCAAGGGUGACAUAACUCCGAACGGUCACUUAAAAAAUGGUUGUAAGGCGAGGACUACCUCUCCGCUGUCAGGACAGCUCUGUUGGUGGUAUUCAGACGACCCCCACCCCGUUUCCUAACCUUGGGGGGGGGAGCCAGUCUUUUGAGUGAAAACCUCUUUGCAUCCAGAAACUUCAGCCCCUCAACUGUGUCGCCCAGGGGUGACAGAAUCCCAUUUGACAUCCACCCUCCUGCCUCUGCCGCCCUCCUCCCCCCUCCCUCCUCUGCCCCCCCCUCCCCCCGUCACUCCCCUCCCCCAAAUGAUCACGGUCCGGUUUGGAGUUGAAAAAAGAAGGGAGCCUCCGGUCUCUUUUUCUCCCUCUCUUAACACUGGCUAAAGCAAUCACUGUACGGCUGCUGUGAACUCAGGCGUGUAACGCUUCCUGUGUGAAUGUGACCUGGGAGGAUGGGUCUGAGUUAGCACUGUGUGGGGGCGAGCCCCUCCCUCCCCCUCCCCUCCCCUCCCCUUCCCCGUGGGGGGAGAUUUGGUACCAGCUCAUGCCUUAAAGCAGCUUCUCCGGUUCUCCUUAACAAGCAUGGGUUACGCACUAAAGCUAUCGAGACAAAAAUAAAAACCCUUAAGCGAUAA